AUGCCCAUGGAAGCAGCCAUGUUCCCAGACGAGUAUGCCUCAGAUGACUCGGAAUACUACGACACCGAUUUCUCCGUCGGGCGAGGCGCCCAGCGAACCCAUUUCCACCAGCGCGCCACCUCCACCCACCGUCGGCAGCCCCGACCGCAGCUAGUCGUCCCAGAGCAGCCAUCGCGCAUGUACCGCUCGACCUCGACCGGUGGAAAUCGUCGACGCGGCCGGGAUCCCGGCCCAACCAAUAUCAACAUCUACAACGAGCAGGCGCAACGGUCCGACAACCGACCCGAAAACAAGCAGCAGUCCCGCCGCGUGAACCAGCGCUUCGAGGAGCGUCAUGAUCACAACCAUAACCAUAGCCACAGUGCCAGUCCGCACCACUUCGACGAUUACGCUCACGUCCCUUUGGCCGUGCCUGUUGCGCCUGCUGUACCUGCCGUGCCUCCUGCGCCACCUCGGCGCGAGCGUGCCGCCUCCAGCGUCUCCCGGGAGCCGUCGCCGUUCCACCGGGACCAUGAGCUCGUCAUGGGGCAACAUCUCCUCGAGCACAACGAUGUUCGGCAGGACAUAGACCUCAAGAUGCUGAGACAUGAGCACGAGCAGUUGCAGCGGCAGCUGGAGAAGGUUCGUCAGCGCAGCGAGCAAGCUGCCAUGGAGCGGCAUGCGCAUGCGCAUCCGGAUCCGGUGGAUUCCCGGCUGGAGGCGAAGAUGUGGCGCGAGCGUGAAGACUACUAUGAAGAUGCGCUUGCGGAGCGAUCGCGCGCUAUGCAGGAGUUUGAGCGCAAGCAGCGCUCUGAAGAGAUGGAGCGUAAGGCCGCAGCGAGCAUGCGGCUGAAAGAACUCGAGCGGGAGCAUCUUAGUCAGGAGGAGCAGCGGAGAGCCGAUGAGCGCUGGCAGAUGAAGAGGUAUGCCGCUGAGAAGAGAGCGGCCGAGGAAGAGGAGGAGGUGAAGCGGAAGCUGCAGGAGGAGAGACUUAAGGAGAUUGCGCGAUCACAGGACGAGAAGUCGGCGAGGGAGAAGCUUAUGCGCGAAGAAAAGUGGAAGCAGCUUGCUCGGGAGAAGGAGGAAGAGGAGGAGCGGGAGAAGCUCAUUCAAGAGAUUCGAGAUGAAGAUAUGAGGAAGGCAAAGGCCGCCGAGGAGCAACGGGCUAAGGAGUUGGCCAUGAAGGCUGCUGCUGUUGCGGAGUGGAAGCAGGAGCAGGAGCGCAUGAAGCAGCUACAGGCCGAUCAGGCUGCUGCCAAGGCUGCUGCUGAAGCCGCUGCCGUUGAGCAGUGGAAGCUGGAACAGGAACGCGCCAGGCAGCGGGAGGCAGCAGCGGCCGCGGCGAAGAUCAAGGAGUUCCAUGAUCAUCUCCGCAGCAUUGGGUGGACCGAGGAGGACAUUGCAAAUAUCUCCAAGGGCAAGCAGGAGAAGGAGAAGGAGAAAAAGAAGGAAAAAGAAGCCAAGGACGGAAAAGACGGUAAAGAUGGAAAGGAUGGAAAAGACGGAAAAGAUGGCAAGGAACACGAACAUAAGGUGACCUGGAUCAAGGUCCACCGCAAACACCUACUCCCCGAAACACUGAUUGCCUACAACCUGCCAUGGGACUGGGACGAGACCGAUACCAACUUCAUCGUCAUCAAACAAUGGAUCAGUGAGGAAUUCCAAGAAGAUCUCUUUGCCCACACCCGACGCAUACGUGAGGGUAAGGUCCUCGCUCAGACUUCCCACUCGAUGACCGAGUUGAAGGUCAAUGACCGCAACAAGGAUAAGAUGUUCCUUGUCCGAAAGAAGAGUCCCAGAAGCCGUGUUAUGUGGACAUGA